CUUAUGAUAAUCAUUGGGUUCUUGGAAUCGUAGAAAGAACUAAACUAAGAAAAUGUUUUUUUAAAAUGGUAAAAGAUCGAAACGCUUAUACAUUAAAAAGAUUAAUCAAAACUCAUGUGAAACCUGGUUCAACUAUAUAUACAGAUUCAUGGAAAGGAUAUAGUGAUUUGGAAAAUAUAGGAAUGGGAUUUAAACACAGAAGAGUUAAUCAUAAAAAACCGAAAUAUAAUCUUAGAAAGACGUCAUCGAGAGAAAAUGCAAUAAAUUGUAAACUAUAUAAACAUAAUAGAUCUGGUUAUAACAGAAUUCAUUUUGAUAAAAUCAAAAAUGCUUGGAGAUUCGAAUGGAUGAUUGAAAAUAAUAAACAUAAAGUUAAAUGGUUUUUUAUUACAAAAAAUAGAACUAGCGAACAGGCAAAACAGUUAGCAAUAGAUUUCAAAAUGGAGCACGAUAAGAAAACAGGAAAUAAAAAUGGUUAUA